GCAUUCCAUUAACCAGAAUUCCCGAACUUCAGAUCUUCAAAAUCUCACUCGGAGAUUCUAUCCAAUGUCUUCGACCGCCACUUAGAUUACCAUCACAAACUCUAAGUCCAAUGCUCGAUUUCUCAUCACAAUUAGCUUCUUCCCGCUAUCGGACGUCAUUGUCACGAUUACAUUAUCGUAGAUCCACCACUGGUACCUGAGCUCCCUUCCCUCAUCCCACCUUUCAUCCCACAGCAUAAGUAUGAAAAUUUUCCUCCUCUCUCUCUUUCCUUUGCUUCACAUCUCAUAUAUCUUUAAUAUACUAUAAUGGCCAUCGACAACCCCCGAUUGGACGAAGAAACCCCGCUGCUUCGCGAUGCGCCGAAACCUACUGCUGCGGACGAAGACGCCAUCGAGCAGGACACUGCAGAGGAAACUGUGCUCCCAGAUGAAAUAUCUACUCGCAGAUUAGUCGUUAUUCUAGCUAGUAUCUACGUCGGCGUCUUCCUGGGUGCCCUCGAUAGUACAGUCGUUGCUACUUUGGCGGCUCCCAUCUCGACUUCUUUUCGAUCACUUACUCUUCUUUCAUGGCUUGCGUCUGCAUAUCUAAACGCCAAUGCGGCGUGCCAGCCAUUGUCUGGGCGAUUGACGGAUAUCUUUGGGAGGAAAGCGGGGCUGGUGGUCUCGAAUAUACUGUUUGCGCUGGGGAACUUGAUGUGCGGGCUUGCGAACUCGGAAUGGAUGAUGAUUGCAGGGCGAGUAGUGGCUGGUAUGGGUGGAGGCGGAUUGAUGGCUAUAUCUACAUUUGUGGCUAGCGAUUUGGUCCCAUUGAGGAAGAGGGGACUUAUACAAGGCGUCGGAAAUGUCUGUUAUGGCACUGGAGCCGGGUUGGGAGGCAUAUUCGGUGGAUGGGUGAAUGAUGUUUGGGGAUGGAGAGUCGCUUUCCUUGCACAAGUCCCCUUGGUUGUCAUCUCUGGAUUCUUGGUGUGGUGGACGGUCAAUAUACCAGCCAAGAAGUCUGAGAAGUCGAAGCUCUCUCGGGUCGAUUUCCUCGGAUCUUUUACUCUCCUCGUUACCCUGGUCCUCCUACUCCUCGGCCUCAAUUCAGGUGGAAAUAUCGUUCCCUGGAAUCACCCACUUGUCACGGUCUCCCUACCUCUUUCAGCAGCUUCCCUCUGUGUAUUCAUCUACGUCGAAACAUACAUUGCAUCCGAGCCGGUCAUUCCCGUCCGCCUACUCCUGAACCGUACAGUCGCAGCAGCAUGCCUUUGCAACUGGUUCCUCACAAUGGUAACCUUCAUGGUCCUCUUCUACGUCCCCAUCUUCUACCAAGCCAAAGGUCUCUCCACCACCGCUUCAGGUGUCCGUCUCAUCCCCCAAUCAAUCGGAUCCUCCGUGGGCUCUCUAGGAUGUGGACUCAUCAUGAAUCGUACCGGGAAAUACAAAAUCCUGUCUAUUUGCGUCAUGGUCAGUUUCUGCCUCGGCACUGGACUUCUCGCAACACUCGGUUUCGAUCGUCCAGAUUGGCCUGUUUAUAUCUAUCAAACCUUAGUCGGAAUCGGAUACGGAGGUAUGUUAACAGUCACUCUCCUAGCCGUCAUCUCGGCCGUAUCACACGACCACCAAGCAGUUAUCACCUCUGCCACGUACGCAUUCCGCUCCACUGGGUCGACGAUAGGCGUUACCAUCGCCAGCACUGUGUAUCAAAAUAUCCUCGUCUCAUCUCUGAACGAGAAAUUUGGCGGGAGAAAAGGAGCAGAUGAGGAAAUUAGACGUAUUAGAGAUAGUUUCGAUGAGCUGAAACACCUUCCUGAGGGGUGGAAACAGGGUGUUAUGGAUAGUUUUGCGGGGGCGUUGAGAGGUGUUUUCUUGACGGGGAUGGGGAUUGCGGUUAUUGGGGCGGUGUGUGGUGCUUUUAUGAGGCAGCAUACUUUGCAUAAGAAUUUGGCGAGGAGGGGUUCGAAUGCUCGUUGAGGUUGAUAUAAGAUGACAUUUAUAGAGGUUCAAUCUAUGAGUUGAAUAUCUUGAAGAGUGUUCAUUUUGUUAUGUGUAUGACUUCCUCUGGUUGUGUUUGAGACCAAACUCCGAAUCUUGGGCCAGAGUUGAGAAGUUCACUCAGCUUGCAGGCAAGUUCGAUUGUGGGACAUUAUACUUGCAUAAGCAACACAGAAC